AGAAGCGUUAUAUGAGAGAAUGAAAAGAAAACCCUUUGCGCUGGGUGGGUCCCAGUCCUACGAAGCUCCUUUGUACUUCCCCUAUAAGUACAUGAGCACCAGGCAUUCUCCGUCUCAGUCCUUUUGGCUAACCAUGGAGCACUUCAACAAUGACGAUCUCGAAUACAUCGUCCACUUCCAAGACGAUUUUCCGACGACUGAUACCACUUGUUCGGAAGCCAGAAACGGGAAAGAUAUUCAGGGAAUCCCCUGGGAGAGGCUUAACUAUAGCAGAGACAAAUACCGUGAGACCAGACUCAAGCAAUACAAAAAUUACCAGAACUUCUCUCUCUCUCCUCACCACCUCCACAAGGAGUGUUUCCAAGUGCAGAAGGGGGAAACUUUCUAUGACUUCUUCUUCAAUACCAGGCUUGUCAAAUCCACAAUUAUCCACUUUCAGCUGAGGAAUUUGUUGUGGGCAACUUCAAAGCAUGAUGUAUACCUUAUGCAAAAUUAUUCAGUGAUGCACUGGUCCGCAUUACUACAAAGAAGUAAAGAAGUGCUUAACGUAGCCAAACCAAUUAUUCCAACCCUUACGCAUCCUGGAUUCUUAGCUCAGCCUGUCUCCAGAGUGCAAAUAAGCACCAUGACUGUUAAGGAAAAUCUGAUGGUGGCAGGUGGUUUCCAGGGUGAGCUUAUAUGCAAGAAUUUGAAGCAACCUGGAGUUCUAUUCUGUGGUAAAAUAACUACAGAUGGUAAUGCCAUAACCAAUGCCGUGGAUGUUUACCGCAAUCCAGCUGGGUCGUUGAGGGUAAUCACAGCAAAUAAUGAUUCCCAACUUCGGGUUUUUGAUGCAGAGAAUUUUGCUUCUCUUGGUUGUUUCAAGUAUGAUUGGUCUGUUAAUAACACUUCUAUUAGUCCGGAUGGAAGGUUGUUAGCUGUUCUUGGGGACAGUACUGAGUGCUUGAUGGCUGAUGCUAACUCUGGAAAGAUUACUGGGAGCCUAAAGGGGCACUUGGACUACUCUUUUUCAUCAGCUUGGCACCCAAAUGGACAAAUAUUGGCCACUGGGAAUCAGGACAAAACAUGCAGGUUGUGGGACAUAAGAAAUCUUUCACAAUCUAUGGCUGUGUUAAAGGGAAGAAUGGGUGCAAUAAGAGCACUAAGAUUCACUUCGGACGGACGAUUUUUGGCCAUGGCUGAACCUGCAGACUUCGUCCAUAUUUUUGACUCACAUUCAGGUUAUGAACAAGGUCAAGAGAUUGACCUAUUUGGUGAGAUUGCUGGCAUAUCCUUUAGCCCAGACACAGAAGCUCUAUUUGUGGGUAUUGCUGACCGAACCUAUGGUAGCUUGUUAGAGUUCAACAGAAAACGUCACUAUAAUUACCUAGACUCGUUUUGAUGGAGUGGAGUGCCUCAAGAUGUACAGCAAUCUACUCCAUGUGCAUAUCCACCAGAGGAUUUCUAAAAUAGGUUUAAAAUAUAUAUGGUGAAGUGUUUUUCUAGGGUUAUUUUUCUGUUGAAUUUAGUGGAGAAGCAAGUUGUAAAUUUUGGCUCUAGGAAGCUAUUUUUGUUUCUUUAAUUUCAAUUUUAUUAGCGAUAGAAUAGCUGAUUAGUCUUGCCUUUGUAAGAAUUUCCUUGCAUGCUAUUGUGUAUUAAAAACAAUAGCAAUAUAUUGCUUUAAACUUAUUUUUCCCAUACGAUCUUCCUGUUC